AUGCCACCCCGCGAGGGUCCACGUCAAGGCCUGAGGAAGCGGGUGAGAUCGGUGCAGACGCUUACGGAGGAGCAGAUUCAGCAGAAGAGGAUCGUAGAUCGGCGUGCUCAGCGCGCCGCACGUCAGCGGAACAGAGACGCCAUGGCCGACCUGGAACAGCGGUAUACUCGGCUGCAAGAGAUGUAUGAUGAGAGAGAUCGCGAGCUGGGCUUACUUCGUGAGAGCAACCAGAGUCUACAGAGGGCGCUCGACCAGAUCGGCCAGAUUGUCUCGAGCACCAGCCGCAGGACUGAAGUCUCUGCCGAUGGAACGAGCAUGUCUCGAGAUCAGAACGAGUUAUUGGCCCGUGGAUCCAACCAGCAAGAAACUCGUGGAAUCGGCCUCCAGUCGCCAUCCAACCUGCACGGGCAUAUGCAUGCACACGCCAUCACUCCCUGGCAUUGCAAUGCGACCUGCCCCUUGGACCAGAUCUUCCUUGAUGUUCUCGAGUCGAGCAAGAUGAUGAUGUCGCGCGGCGUCCCCAUAGACACCGUCGUCGGCCCGCGGAAACCAUGCGUGAAAGUCGUCGUAGAUGGCACACCUGUUUCAGAGGCAGUGCCUAUGAGUGGCCCCAUCUCGGAGAUUGUGUCGGUCUACCCAGGAUUCGCAUUGCCAGAAAGACUGGCCUUCUUCUACAUCAUGUGUCUGUCGAUGAGGUGGAAAAUAUCGCCCACCCGAGAAAACUACCUUGCGAUGCCGUUUUGGCUGCGUCCGACCGUGAUACAAGUCACCACGUCGCAUCCAAUAUGGAUGGACAAUAUUCCCUGGCCUGGUAUGCGCGACUUCAUCAUCGAAAGCUUCGAGGACUUUCACCACCCAGAGUUCUCUCCACACUUCUCUACAAAUAUCAGUGUGAAUUGGGCGGACGGGGAGCCGUACAUUGAGUCCGGAGACGAGCUCGUCUUGACCGAGACCUUUGAGAAACACGCGCCCUCGCUCCCAGUGCAAAAUCAAGACACAGACCCAGGACCAGCUUUCGGCCACCAUGACCAUUAUACGAGCGAAAAGAGCCCCUUGAAUGAAAUCACAGACACCCUGGGGAAAUUCCAGAUCGCCGACGGAGGCGAAGUGAGAUUCUUCGGAUCGCGGAGUAACUUCAACCUCCUCCAGACGGCCAUGCUGAGCAGCAAGUCGUCGCGAGAGAUCCAGAUGGAGGGCUUCAAAGCAGCCAUGUCGCGAAUGGAGCCGCUUGACCUCGGCUCUGAGCUCCAGACACACCUGCUCGACCUAUUCUGGCGGUGGCAGAACCAGUGGCAGUACUUUGUUUCCCGCAAGCUCUUCACAUCGAGCCAGGCCUCCUCUGGCGGCGCCGCUUUCGGACCCUUCCACUCGCCCCUACUUCUCACGGCCAUCAAUGCGCUUGCAUCUCGUUAUUCGGAUCGGCUCGAGCUGAGAAAGGACGUGGGCGACCCGAACACGGCUGGAGACCACUUUGUGGAGCAGGUCAAGAUCAUGCUCCAGUAUGAAUGCGAAGCGCCGACGACGACGACGGUCCAGGCAGUGCUGCUGCUAUCCCUGUGCGAGACAGCAAGGGACAAGGAGGCUCUCGGGUUCAUGUAUUGCGGCAUGGCGACGAGGAUGGCUCUGAAUUUGGGAUUGCAUGUUGAUUGCUCCAAGUGUGUCCCUGCCGGGUUGCUGACUCCCGAAGAAGUUGAGGAUCGGAGGGUUACCUGGUGGGGAGUCUACAUGCUUGACAAGCUUUUCAACAUUGGGUUAGGGCGUCCAUCCAUGAUCCAGGAGAGAGAUAUCACCGCCAGGAUGCCGUCCUUGGACUCCGAAGAUGAGUUUGCGCUCUGGGACACCGGAAUAGAGGAAGUCACCGGAGUGCUCGACGCAAUAUACUCCCCAAACAACGUAUUGGACGCUGCCUCGAAAGAGGAACUUGCUCUGAACGCACAGAUCAGGCUCUGUUCAUUCUAUUCCUCUCUCCCCAGCUACCUUCGGUUGCCCAAGUCGCCAAACAUAGCCGAGGCACCUGUGCUGCCCCAUGUAUACCAAAUGCACCUGCAAUAUCAUGUCGUCACUAUUUUGUUGCACAGACCGUUCCUGCGGACUACGAGGCUAUCCGAGGGCAACAUCUCAGGCUGUCUGCAGGCUGAUGAUUCUCACACGGAUGCUUGUCGUUCUUCGACAGAGUGCAUCGCCAACAUUCUACGCUGGCAAAGCAAGCAAUAUGGGCUAAGGACGGCACCAAUCUCAACCGUCCACUGCGCAUUCACUGCCGCCAUCAUUCUACUGGCCGAUGCAUCGACCAACUCAGCUUUGAUGCGCGAGAAGGCCCUCCGGAACCUGACGACGUGCGUGAAUGCCCUCGAGGAGAUGGAGACCGCCUGGUCCUGGAGCACGCGGUCUCUGCUGGCGCUGAGGAACAUUGCGCAGAAGUGGAAGAUCCAAGCGGCCGUGUUCUGCAAGCCGAGGUACUCGGAUCUGCCGAUCCACGAACCUCCCAAGGAAGCGGUAGCUCUUGAUGCGACGAUGAUGUUCAGCUUUGGAGAGGAUGCGAUGAGCUGGAUGAAUGAAUUCGAGGGACCAGCCUUGUACGAUAACCCCGGACUUGCGACUGCCAGCCAGCCCACGCAAAUGUUCGAGAUGGAUUAUAAUAACUUCAUGCCGUUUGAGUAG